CAGCUCGUCUCACCGAACGUGGUUGCAUCAUUUUCCAACCAUGAUCGUGGGGGCUUCUCAGUCUUGCCUCCUCCUUUCGAAGCUUCGCGUACCUUUUGCGACCUGAGAUCUGGAAUGCGCCGGAUCCUAGCUCCUCCACCCGCCCGUGCAGCCCGAGACAAUGCCAGACGAAACCCAGUCCCGCGAUCCCCGCGAUCGUGACCCCCGCGAUCGCGACUCUCGAGACAGAGACAGAGACAGGGAUAGGGACAGAGAUAGGGAUAGAAGGGACAGAGCACACAAGGGAGUCAAAGGAGAGAGGGAGGACAGAGACGACAUACGAGAGAGGGUUGACAGAGAGGACCUGGAGGACAAGGAUGACAGCGACGACAGCGACGACAGGAACGGCAGAGGAGGGAAGGUAAACAGAGACGACAGAAAAGACGGAGGGGGCAAGGUCGACAGAGAUGAUAUGGAUGAUGUGGACGACAGAGGUGACAGAGGUGAUAGAGGCGACCGAGCGGACAGAGGCGAUCGAGUGGACAGAGGAGACCGAGUGGACAGAGGAGACCGAGCUGAAAGAAGCAACCGGGUGGACAGAGGUGACAGAGGCGACCGGAUGGAUAGAGGGGAAAGAGACAGAGUUCGCGAUCGUGACAGAGACCGGGACAGAGAGAGGGACAAAAUCCCCGAACGCGACCGCAACAGCCACCAUCCUCGCGACAGCCAACACCCUCGGGACAGCCAGCACCCUCGUGAAGGCUCUCACCUUCGCAACCGAGACCAUCUGAAAGAGAACCCGCCCAGCAAACGCAACAGCAUCACCGACCGCCUCUUCGGCUCCCUCCGGGAAGCCCGCAACAAGGACCCUCCCCCUGUUGCCAAUGCUCCUCUCCAGAGACGCUCUACCUCGGCGACCAAGCAGAGCCCCGUCCCGCGCAUCCGCGAGUGGCUCGACGCUUGCAACUCUGAGCAUGAGCACCACUGUGCCGCCAGUUCGGAUACGAAGGUAGACACAUGGCAUCCCAUUUGGCUGAUCGACAUCGUCGAGCGCCGCCUCGUCAUGGCAACACCGAGAGACCGCUAUCUGGCCCUGAGUUACGUCUGGGGAUCGCCCAACCGUCGUAACCCGUCCCACCCUGUGGCCCAGGCACUCAAAUCAAAUAUUGGCACAUUCCAGGAUAUCCUUCCCGAAGCUGAUAUCCCUCAAACCUUUGUGGACGCCAUGUGGCUCGCCAAGAAGCUGGGCAUCCGAUAUCUCUGGAUUGAUAAAUUGUGCAUUGUGCAGGAUGACCCGGAGGAGAUGGACAAGAAUGUCAAGAACAUGGCAUUUGUGUUUGCCAAUGCCUAUCUCACCAUUGUGGCCGCUGCUGGCGACGUGCAAACCGGGUUGACGUCGUUGAACCCCCGGAAACCAGCAUCUCGUGGCAUUCGACCCGGCGGAGGACGCGAUCAACAUGAACUCAUCCUGUCGUCGAACUGGAACACCCGAGGCUGGACGCUGGUAGAGCGCCUGUACUCCCGACGGUGUCUCUUCUUCUUCGAAGACUCCGUCACCUGGGAGUGCCAUUGCGAGAAGUGGUCGGGAAGCCCGACAAGCGUGAUGAAGAAGAUCCGCGGCAACCGCCACGACUGCGCCAACCCCGUCUAUGAUGCCGCCUUUGCCUUCCACCACACGCCGUGGCCUGAUCUCGACGAGUAUGCGCGCAUCGUCAUGGACUACAGCUCCCGAAGACUGACCCUCGUCGACGACACCCUCCGGGCCUUUGCUGGCAUCACUCACGUACUCUCACGGUCGUACCCGGGCGGCUUCAUCUACGGCAUGCCCGUCAUGUUCCUCGACAUUGCGCUGCUCUGGCGCCCCCACGCCUCUAUCCGGCGGAGGGCUCCCUCACGACCACCGUUUCUGCCGUCUUGGUCUUGGAUGGGUUGGUGGUUCGAUAACAUCGCCGUCGACCUGACGCUUUGGAGAGCUGCAGCCGACUACGUUGAAGACGCCAAGCCAACUAAGCGCGGCCAGGAGUCCAAGCGAUACCGGUCGCCUAACACAUUCCGCAUUAGACCGACUGUGAUAUGGAACCUGACGGACCGAGCUGCCACCGUGCCGGUGGAGAACACUGGACUCCAGUUCCGCGACCUCCGGAGCCGACGGGGCUCAAGCUCUAGUCUCCCUCCGGGCUGGUCUCGCAGCGGAUCCCUGUACAAGCACGAUAGCGACGACGUGACGCUCUUCAAGUACCCCGUGCCGGUCGAGGAGCCCCCUAAAGCUGGCGCAUACGACCCCCCCGUAGGCGAACUGGCCCUCCCCGGCCCCUUGCUCUCGUUCCGCACGACGACGGGCUUCUUCGAGGUCGACUACCUCUCUACCCUGGCGCACCGCGAUCGACCCAAUCCUCCCCUCGCCGUGGGCAACAUCUGGAGCAAGACGAACCGGUGGAUCGGACAGUUCCGUGCUCACGACGCGUGGCUCGGAAUACAGUCAUCAAACUACGACGGCGACGAGAAACUCGAGUUCAUCGCCAUCUCGGCGGCAACAGAGCGCCGCGGCUCGCACGCCCUUGAAGCCGAGCGCUUCGAGGAGUUUAUGAGUGCGGACGAGGAGGUUGAGAUUGUCAAUGUGCUGUGGAUCGAGCGCAUCGGUGAGGUCGCGUACCGCCGCGGCGUCGGGCACAUCCUGCAGAAGGCAUGGGACGCGCAGGCCAAGGACGAGGUUGGGAUUCUUCUUGGGUAGGCGGCUUGCUUAGCGAGGUGUUGCGGGGCGUUUGGAGUUGCCUGAGUGAAGAUGCAAUUUAGUUGGAUGGACUUGACUGCAAGGACUAUUAUGUAUGUUCAUGUAUGUUCAUGUAUGUUCGCAGUGUAUCAGAUCUGUCGUCAAUCAUGAUUUAUUACCAUAGACAUACCCAUCCAUUCAGGGAUCAGCUUUGGGUCUUCUGGAAGCUCGCCAUCCUCCACGGUAUGCUUCUUUCAAUCACGAGGGACAUUAUAUGGACUCCCGCUGUUUGCUGUUAGCCGUACGCAGCUCCGGCUUCAACGCUAGAAAAUGGUAUGGAUGAAGGGAAUUGUUAAGAAAUGAUGGACGUAGAAGAUAGAAACGAUGCUCACCGACGCUGCCGAACCAUUUCUGCC